AUGUAUUGCAGUUUAUUAUCUCAUGUUAAGUUGUCAAAGAAUCUGUCAUAUAUAAAAGAGAAAAGUUUUGCAUAUACAAAUCUACAAGAAAUUGAUUUUCCAGAUUCUUUAAUUGAGCUCGGAACUUUCUCAUUUAUGUAUACACCAAUUAAAAAAUACGUAUUUAAAGAAGGAUUUGUUAAAUUUUAUAAUCAAUCACUAGCUUUCACUAAUGCUACAAUUGUUGAAGUACCAUCAACUCUUAGGUUUAUUGGCUAUGAUGUUUUCCAAGAGAACAAUGUCACAAGAUUAAUCAUUCCAGAGGGACUUGAAGUAUUGCAACAUCGAGCGUUUGAAUUCUCAAAAAUUGAAUACUUCGAAUUUCCAUCAUCAAUUAAGACUGUUGAAUCAUUUUCAUUCAGAUAUAACUGUGCAAAUGAUCUAAUAUUCAAAGAAGGAUUGCAAUAUAUAAAUAGCUGUGCAUUUUUUGAGUCCAAUUUCACGAAUGUCAAGCUUCCAAGUACAUUGAAAUCAAUUGGAUCAUAUUCAUUUUAUAGGUGUCCCAUACAAAAUAUUGAAGUGCCCCAAAAUGCACAAAUUGAUAAUAUUGGUAGCUAUGCUUUCACACUUUUGAUGCAUCCCAAUUUUUCAUUUCCAAAUGGAACAAAACAGAUUUCGAAGUUCGGAUUUUAUGGUUGUGUAAUUAAUAAUUUAGAAAUUCCUGUUACAUUGACCAGAAUGGACAACUGGAGUUUUGUCGAAAUAACUUGCGAAAACUUAGUUUUUCAACCUGGUUAUAAUUUAGUUCCUGAAUGUACAUUUCCAUUUUCAGAUAUCCAAAACUACACAUUCCCUAAAACUUUAAGGAACUUUUCUAGAUAUUCAUUCACAUCUACUGCAGUGAAAGAAUUAGAGAUCUUUGACAAUACAUAUAUUGGUGAGGCAGCUUUUGAAGAUUGCAGAAAGAUCUUUAACAUAUCAAUCCAAACUGAUACCAACAUUGGUAAAUGGGCAUUUAGUAAUUGCAAUGCAACACUUAAUAUUACAACAUAUGGAGAUUUUAUUGCUGAUGAAACUUCUUUCAUAAAUGUAACAAAUGUUACAAUUGUUCAUUAUGGACCUCAUGAUAUUUAUGUUGCUUCAACUCGAGAAGGACUGCGCACUGUUCCAAAAAUUGUUUACGUCAUGUGUUGCUACAGAUCAAAGUACUAUGCUAGUAUGAAACCAAAUAACUUUACAGAAUGUAGUCCUGCAUUGUCAUGUAUCUCAAAUCGUCAUGAUUUCUAUCCUGUCCGUUAUUAUGGAAUAACAGCACUUUAUUUAGGCCUCAAUUAA